AUAGGCGUAAAAGAACAAGUUUGCUGUUUUAAAUGAAGCAUAAGUUUACAGCUGUAUGUGCACAGUUAAAAAAAGGUGGUUUAAAAGUGAAAUAUAAAAAUUGUAUUAGAGUAGAAUAUUCGAUAUCUGUUGACUAAACGAUCGUUCAGAAAACCAGCGGAGAAUUUUAUUGCGUUACGCCAUGUUCACCGAUGUGAGAAAAGUACACCAGAUGUAUUGCAGAGUUCGUGCAAAAUGUCUAUGUUAAAAAUUUCUUAUGAACAUCGAAACAUUGCUCACAUGUUUAUUCAAAGUAGCACGACGUUUAUUUUAACAUAUAAACCUCAACGCGACAAGUAAUUCGUUUAGAUAGACAGGGAACGAUAUGUAUAAAUGUUACACAUGGUUCUUUUUAAACAUCUUUUUUUGGAUUCUGUAGAAAACCUGUGACGAGAACAACUCGUACUUUUAACUACUUUUUGGGGAAUUAAUAUCAGUUUGUCAAUUAAUUGACAAACAUGUAUACAUUUAAACCAUUUGUGUUCGUAAAGCACGAAGCACAGAGUAUAGAACGUCCAAAAGCUAGAAGUGGACAUAGAAUAGUCUGUGAUCAUAAGAAUUUAUAUUCUUAUGGAGGGUUUAAUCCCUGUAUCCCUGAUACUGAUCCUGAUAUGCAAAAUGAUCAGACAUGGAUCUCUAGUAAACCACUUUUCAAAGAAGUCUGGAAGUUCAAUCUUGUUACACAACAAUGGAAACGCUUACCAGGUCAAAAUAAUAUGCCCAAUGAGUUGGCAUCGAAUGCAGUGAUUUUAAGGGGCAAUGCCUUGAUGGUUUAUGGUGGAACUGGUGUACCAUUUGGUCAUAGUUGUAGCAAUCAUCUGUAUGUGUGUAAUGUUAAUAAUGGUAGAAUGUACAUAGUUCCUGCAAAAGGAGAUCUACCUGAACCCCAAUAUGGACAAGCUUUAAUAUGUCAUGGGUCAUAUUUAUAUACUGUCGGUGGUACUACAGGAUACGAAUAUACUUGUGAUAUUCAUAGAUUUGAUCUUAGCGCUGGUAUUUGGGAGACUGUUUAUAUAUGUUCUGGAAGAGAUCAGAGUGAACCUACAGGACGAUAUAGACACGAAUUAGCUUUUGAUGGGAAACUUAUAUAUGUUUUGGGAGGAGGAACAGCUACAGAAGCAUUUGGUUUUUCGGAAAUCCCUGCUUUUGACCUAGAAACAAGUAAAUGGAUAAUAUUAAACACAUAUGGUGACAACGAUGAUAAUACAGUGCCAGAACCUAGACGUUGUCAUGGAUCUGUGCAAUAUACAAAUGAAAAAACAGGUGUCACAUCAGUAGUAAUCUCUGGAGGAUAUAAUGGAGAUCAUGUCUUCUCUGAUGUUUGGAGAUUAGAUUUAAAUCUGUUACAAUGGACAUGUUUAAGGAAAUGUAUACUUCCAUGUCCUGUGUAUUUUCAUUCUGCAGCUCUUACUCCGGAAGGACGCAUGUAUACAUUUGGUGGUAUCGUUAAGGAAAAUAAUAAGGUUGUAAGGACAGAUGCAGUUCAUUCUGUUUGGUUAACAAUUCCUAAAUUAUCAGAAAUAUGUUGGCAAGCAUUAAUUCAUUACUAUCCAGACUUAAGGCACAAGUCACAGGAUGAAUUGCUUCACAUGGGUAUACCCCUAAAAUUUGUGCAAAGAAUUGAUUGGUAUGAUGCAUAAUAUUUAAGAAACUCUUUUGAUAUUUGCUACACAUUCAAAGCGUUACCACUCCGACCAUUGUUACCAGUUACUUAUUGCAUGAAUAUUGUAAUUGUUGAUCAUUAUUGCCAUAAUUUAUUUACGAUAUUUUUAUAAAAAAAGGUACAUAGUGUGUUGGGCAAUUAAUACGACAGAUAUUAUCAAUGGAUCACUUUCUUCAAAUUUACUUAUAUCGUGCAAUAUUUUACGUAUUGAAUGAAAUUAUGCAUUAUGCAUACUAAAAAUAGAAGAAAAGUUCUUAUAAACAUAUAUUCAGAAAUGAAUACUAAUGUCAAAAGAAUUUCAAAAUAUGUAGCUGUUUAAAACGUAUUAGAUUGAAAUAUACUAGAACUAAAUCAAAUUCUAUUUCUGGAAAGAAGCAUUUCAGGAAAUAUGUUUAUAUAAAUUCUUUUUCUUGUUAUGACAAAUAGAAUCUGCACUCUAAAGUUUUAUCUUUAUCAAAUGCUUUAAUACGCUUGAUAUAAUGAAAGAUAUAUAUAAUACUUUUAAAAUCUUUUUGUUCCUUCCAAAUCUUAUUCAGUUGUGAUUAUAAGAAUUCUAAGUUUGUGGAUCUAGAAAUUGUAAGUACAAUUUUUUAUACAAAGCUUUAUUUAUGGAAACAAUUGCAGAAUCAUACUUUCGAAUCAUGUUUCUAAAUUAUUUUUUAUAGUAUACAUCUUAUUUUAUUAUUAUUUACCUCGUCGAAUUGAAUUAUUCUUUUUCUGUUUUUUACUUGAACUUUUAAUAAAGCAGGUUCUCAUAGCGAACAAAGAAUUGUAUUGCAUGCUAUACAAGGUUGCUGGUAAAUAUGCUCAUUAAUUUAGUUGUUAUAUAACAUUCACAGCAGAUAUGCCUAUAAUACAGCAUAUAAAUUUUCAUCUCGAACUAUGCAUACACACACCUUGUUAAAAAACUAUGCUGUUUUUUCUUUAUUUGCACUAUAAAACGCCUGUCAAUAAAAUUCACUACAUCAUUGUAUGUAUAUAUAAAUAUAUAUAUAAGCAAUAAUUCAUAUAAUAUACGUAUAUCUUGAAGUGAAAAGGGAAGAAUAAGGACAUGUAAACAAAGACAUCGAAAAAAUGUUAUCUCACUUUAGCUACGAUAGUUAUUCAGUUCAAUAUGUCGAAAAAUAAAUUUAUGUAAUACCACAAUAGUACCGUAAUAUAUUAAUAUAAUUGUCGUUUGUCACAUAUUAUUUAGUAGAUAAAAUUUUCCUUCUGUUUAUAAUAAACGAUUAUUGUUUUGCAGAGAUAAAUUAUAUGAAUUAAUGUAAUCUACAACGGUUAGAAGCAAAUUUUAUACAUUCACAUACAGAUCAACAGUACAAAUAAUACACAAAUCUUUAGGCAAUAUAAGUUUACUCUUUCAGAUAACACAGUUUUAUUUAGUUCGGCGAAGAAACGAUUCCUAAAUCUAAUUUUUAUACGACAUAAUCGAAAUAAUUUUAUUCACUACUUCUAUUCAGGGAAAUUGAAUAGCAGAAAGUGCUCCAUUGCAAACGACAGCCUUUUUACAAUGAUAUUAUUGAUAAGAAUAUUAAUUACACAAUAUCUAUUUAUUAUCUGUAUCAUAUUACAGAUUAUUAUUUUUUUAAUAAAUAUAUGCUGGCCUGCGGAUAUGAAUAACAGAUUAACAGAAAUCAGUAACGAUAUAACUUAUACUUUUUAGUAAUAUCUUAGUAACAUUGCAAGCUAAGUUUCAACAUUAUGAAUGGCAGUUGAAUUCAAAGUCUAAUACCAAAAUUCUCAUUGUAUUGAUUCUCAUUUAUGCGUUAAGUAAAUUAUACUUGGACUAUGAAAUCUGCAUAGAAACGAAGUAUCUUAACAAUUUCGAAGAGAUGUUAGUGAUCGAAUAUCAUCGAACAUUUAAGAUAAAGAAACGAGAAAAUUUCUUUAGCAAAUUGAAAUGACUUUAUACAGAAGAUUCUUCACUUCCAAUAAAAAAAAAAACUAAAAUAUUGCUUCUCUUUCGG